GUCAUGGCUCCUAGACCACAGGUGGGGGCCGAUUCCUCCCCGACUCUCGACAACGACAAUGACAACGGCCCGGCUAAAGAUGCCGGCAUCCUGCCGUCCUACUCCACCGUGGACCUGGUGAACGGGGACCCGGACGAGGCCGACCCCUGGGAUCUGCCCGAGCUCAGAGACACCGGGGUCAAGUGGUCGGACCUGGAUACUAAAGGGAAGGUCCUGCGGGUGCUCAGUGGUAUUAUGAAGGCCGUGAUGCUGGUCGGGCUGCUCUACCUGUUCAUCUGCUCGCUGGAUGUCCUCAGCUCCGCCUUCCAGCUGGUCGGAGGAAAAGCUGCUGGUGACAUCUUCCAGGACAAUGUGAUAUUGUCCAACCCUGUGGCCGGGCUGGUGAUCGGGGUGUUAGUCACGGUGCUGGUGCAGAGCUCCAGCACCUCCUCCUCCAUUGUGGUCAGCAUGGUGUCCUCAGGGUUGCUCGAUGUCCAAUCAGCGGUUCCGAUCAUCAUGGGCGCCAACAUCGGCACAUCGGUCACCAACACCAUCGUGGCGAUGAUGCAGGCGGGAGACCGCAACGAGUUCCGCAGGGCCUUCGCCGGCGCCACGGUGCACGACUUCUUCAACUGGCUGUCGGUGAUGAUCCUCCUGCCUCUGGAAGUGGCCACGGGCGUCCUGUACAAGCUCACCCACCUCAUCAUCGAGUCCUUCAACAUCCAGGGCGGGGAUAACGCCCCCGACCUGCUCAACGUCAUCACCGACCCGCUCACCGACUCCAUCAUCCAGCUGGAUAAAUCUGUCAUCACGGGCAUUGCCACCGGUGACCCGUCGGCCAGGAACAAGAGUCUGAUCAAAGUGUGGUGCAAAACAGAGACCAACACGACUUUCUGGAAUGCAACAGUGGAGAACUGCACCGCCGGGGCUUUGUGCUGGGAGGAGGGAAACCUGACCUGGACCCAGAUGAACUCGUCUUGGAUCGAAUACCAAGAGAAAUGCAAACACAUCUUCGCCAGCGCCAACCUGCCGGACCUGGCCGUGGGCCUGAUCCUGCUGGCUCUGUCCCUGCUCACCCUCUGCACCUGCCUCAUCCUCAUCGUCAAACUGCUCAACUCCAUGCUGAAGGGACAGGUGGCUGUGGUCAUCAAGAAGGUGCUCAACACAGACUUCCCCUUCCCCUUCGCCUGGGUGACCGGCUACAUUGCGAUGUUCGUGGGGGCGGGGAUGACCUUCAUCGUUCAGAGCAGCUCGGUCUUCACCUCGGCCAUCACUCCUCUCGUCGGUAUUGGCGUCAUUAGCCUGGAGAGAGCUUAUCCUCUGACGCUGGGUUCCAACAUUGGCACGACGACCACGGCUAUAUUAGCUGCUAUGGCUAGCCCCGGAGAGACGCUAGCCAACUCGCUGCAGAUUGCCCUCUGCCACUUCUUCUUCAACAUCAUGGGCAUCAUACUGUGGUAUCCCAUACCCUUCACGCGGCUGCCCAUCCGGCUGGCCCGAGGCCUCGGCAACCGCACCGCUAGGUACCGCUGGUUCGCCGCCUUCUACCUCAUCUUGUGCUUCCUGGUCUUCCCCCUGACCGUCUUCGGCCUGUCGGUGGCCGGCUGGCAGGUCCUGGUGGGCGUUGGCGUACCACUGGUCACCUUGGCGGUUUUCGUGAUCGUGGUCAAUGUGAUGCAGUCCCACUGUGUCCGCUUCCUGCCCCUCUGCCUGCGCAGCUGGGACUUCCUCCCGCGGCCCAUGCGCUCCCUGGCGCCGUGGGACGUCGUGGUGAACUUCAUCUUCGGCUUAUGCGGCAAACACUGCUGCUGCUGCUGCAAGUGCUGCAAGUGCUGCAAGAAGAAGGAGGAGGACGAGAAGGUGAUGAACCAGGGCAGGAGGAGUCUGGAGAUGUACGAUAACCCCGCCAUGGCGAGGGACGAGGACUCGGCGGCGAGAGCGGCGCGCUUUUAACGCGGAGGAGUUUGAUCUGCGUCUCCGGGCGGAACUCAAGCGCUGGGGUGGCUCCCAUGAUUCACGUGUUGAACCUGCUGUUUCUGGCCUUGUGAUGAUGUUUGAUGUGAUGUUUUCUAUGUGUACUUCAGUCGAUCUGCUUAGACUAUGACUUAGCUCUGGGUGGUUCAGACACUCAAUACUUAUUUUCAUAUUUCUUAUGGUGCAUGAGAAAAGGCCGUCUUAUAAAAGCUUAUAUUUACAAUUUAAAUUUUAAAUGUUUAAUGUAGCGCUGAAAAUAUUUGUUAUCAUUCAGUAUUUAAGACUAUACAAUAUUUGUAAAAUAAAGAAAUUAC